AUGGCGCGGACGAAAUAUGCCCUCGUGGGCACUGGCGGGCGAGCAGGCUUCUUCUACAGCGCCAUUGCUCAGACCUUCCAGAGUACUGCGAUGCUCGUCGCAUUCUGUGACACCAACCAGACACGAAUGGAUGUCGCGAAUAAACGCAUACAGGAGUUAGGGCUAUCGCCGUUGCCCACCUAUAAGGCCGCCGAUUUCGACCGAAUGAUCGACGAUACAAAGCCCGAUGCGGUGAUUGUGACAACCAUUGAUCGGACGCACCACAUCUACAUAAUACGUGCCAUGGAGCUUGGUUGCAAUGUGCUCAGCGAAAAGCCGAUGACAGUGGACGUAGAGAAGUGCCAAAUGAUCCUCAACGCUGUCAAUACAACCAAGCAGCAGUUGCGCGUUACUUUCAAUUAUCGGUAUGCGCCUCACAACACUAGAAUCCGGGAACUACUUUUAGAUGGCGUCAUUGGGAAAGUCACCUCUGUACAUUUUGAAUGGAUGCUCAAUACGAAGCACGGUGCGGACUACUUUCGUCGCUGGCACCGAGAUAAGCGAAAUAGUGGCGGCCUUCUCGUCCACAAGUCUACGCAUCAUUUUGAUCUGGUUAAUUUCUGGUUGGGAAGCCACCCGGCUACCGUAUUCGCGAUGGGAGAUCUGAAGUUCUACGGCAAGGAGAAUGCUGAAUCUCGGGGCGAGACGAAUUUUUACUCUCGAGCGCAUGGGAGUGCGGCCGCGGAGAAUGACCCCUUUGCCCUCCAAAUGAAAGAUCAUCCUCAACUUAAGGAGAUGUAUCUAGAUGCAGAGCAUGAAGACGGUUACUAUCGGGACCAAAACGUGUUCGGUGACGGGAUCAGCAUAGAAGAUACAAUGGGUGUCUUAGUAGGGUACAAAUCAGGGGCAAUUCUGACAUACAGCUUGGUCGCCUAUUGCCCGUGGGAGGGAUUUCGGGUCUGUUUUAAUGGAACCAAGGGUCGGCUGGAAAUGGAUGUUCUUGAACAGUCGUAUGUCAAUGCUGGCGGGCAGCAGAGCGAGGAGGGCGCGAUAGCCCAUACGGAGAUUACCGUUCAUCCAAUGUUUGCGCCACCAUACGGAGUGUCCGUUGUCGAAAGUGAAGGUGGUCAUGGUGGAGGAGACCCUGCUCUUCUUAAUGAUCUGUUUGGUACACCUGUGCCGGAUCGGCUACAUCGAGCUGCAUCGCAUGUCGAUGGGGCCAUGUCAAUUUUGACGGGCAUUGCAGCCAACCAGGCUAUACGAACUGGACAGGUUGUCCAAGUGAAAGAUCUAGUGCAAUUCUGA